UUUUCAGUUCAGAUGCCUUCCUCUGUUUUCCUUCUACUGAUGGCGAUCAUCAUACAAUAUGCUGAAUCUGGCGUACUUUUCACGAAUCCCCAAGCUCGUUUCCCACCACUAGACUAUCUUCCAGAUGACCUCACAAUGCCACCAUGCGGAGUACCUAAACCAACUAAACCAUUCUACACUACAUUUAAUAUUGGCAGCUCGUAUAAUGUUUCAUGGAUUACACCUGCAGCUUCUAAUAGUACCUACCGUAUUCGAUUAAUAGACUCUGAUGGACUAACAGUAGAGCAAUUGCCGGGAGUCAUCACCGAAGAUGAAACAUCACAGUUAAUAAAACUUCGAUCUCCAUGUGAACAAUGCAUGCUGCUCAUUGAGCAAGUCAUGCACAAUGGUAAAGUAUUUCGUUCUUGUGCAGAUGUCAAUGUUAUUCGAGCUAAUGUCAAAGAAAUGGAUCAAUGUAAUCAACGUGGAAGUAUCAUGAAUUCGACGUGUCAAUGUGAAAGUGGAUUCACCGGGAACCAGUGUCAAUACUAUGCGCAUUGCGAUACAAACGAUGACUGCUUGAAUGGCGGAAUUUGUGUAGAACAAGCUAAUUCCUUAAUCGAGAAAAGAUGCUUCUGCUCCUAUGGGUUCUUCGGUCAGCGUUGUGAUCAGAAAUUCAAUUCUCAAAACGAUCAUUGUUUUGCGUAUGAUGAACCAAUCGCUGCUGAUCUUCCACUAUAUGGAAUGUUCAAUCCGAGAUGCUAUCAACGACAUGAUCUUUCUGCCAAUGAUCGUAUUUAUUCACGACGUGUCGAUAAUGAAGUUGAGGUUAUUAUGGAUUUCGAUACAAAAAAUUGGUUAUCAAUUGGAUGGAGGCCAACUGAAUUGAGCACAUCUUGCCGAUUAUUCCCGAUUCUUGAGGAUACACGUGGAAGAUCCAAUGAAAUGGAUGAAAUUGCACGAAGAGAGUUUGUAGCCAAACCUGUAAUGCCAAAAAAUAAUGGAUUCACUGAGCUUGGUCUUAAAUCCUCCUUACACCCAAUGGAUUGUGUUGAUGUUAUAAUGGCUUCAGUUAGGAACGACAGACUUUUUAUUUCCGACUUCUAUUCUCGUGAUCGUUCAACUCCUCUUGAAGAUUAUUGGUAUGACGGUGAAAUGAGUUUAUCAGCUGCUUAUGGAACACAACAAGAUGGUAGAUCAAUUGUUAUGUUCAGGAGAGAGCUUAGAGAAUUUGAACCAACCGAUCAUCCAUUGGGACCAAAUGAAAUCCUGAUUGUCUGGUCAAAAGGGGAUAGUCAAAUGGGUUCCAACUUCCAGGGAAUCAACAGAGGGGUCGAGAAACUCAAAUUGGCAGAAGUUGUCAAUGUCACAUUUGAGCAACCGUCACAGCCAACCAAUGAGCUUGCUUUUGGAGUUAAAAACGUGGUUCAUGAUCGCCUGGAACCCAUGACAGUAUCUACUUCAACAACUCGUCAGAGUCCAUCAACAAUCAAUCAUGUACCUGAAAUGACAAUUAGAAAUACUAUAGCUCCAACAACAACCACCUCUACCGAAUCUGAAAACUCAUCAGCUACUCUGCAAGUUUUGUUAUCAUUAUCGAUGAUCCUCGUUAUUUUCUAUUAAGUUUUCACUUCGAUAUCCCAUUCCACUAUUAUUACCGGUAUCUAAACUAGCUAAUUAUUUAAUUAUACUUGUAAAUAAUCAACUUCUAGCCUUCAAUGCCUAGUGUUCGAGAAUUAAUCAUAAUCUAAAUAAAUUUUUUUAAAUAAAUAAAAAUCUAAUUUAUG